AUGGUUCACUCUACGAGCGAGGAUCGCGCUGUACAUCUGACACGGGAGGCUGUUGAGUUGAUAGAUGCUGGUCAUCGUGAGGCCGCCUCACGAAACCUUCGAGAAGCUCUUACCCUAGCCCCAGAGCAUCCUGCGGUCAAGGAAGCUUUCGUUAAAAUCCAGCAAGAGGAGGAAAAUGGCCACCAUCUCCUAGAUCUCUGCCGACGCUAUACCGGUGGGAAGGAUGAGUCUGCCGGAAAGGAAGUGGCCCUUUAUCUCCGAACGGACGGACUCAAGCCUCCCGAGGAGGUUGCAUUGGAAUGUGUCAAGCUGUUGCUAGCGCAAAGGCCACAUGCCUUGUCGUCGCUGCAGGAUGACAUUAUCUCAGGGCUGGUUCGUCAGAAUACCAGUGUACGGCUCUACUUCUCGGGGCAGUUGCAGGUUUCGGUGACCGCGUUCUUUGAUGAGAUCUAUGAAAGAGGCGACGCGGCUGCCGUAUGCCUUGACACCGUGGUCUUGGAUCCUGCCGUAUGGCCAUCCGAGGAUGCCCGUCUACAUUGUGAGCGCGAGCUCUUUCUGCUCUUCAUCGCCAAGCUCAUGGAAUCGGGCCAUGAUAUGGACGGUCGCUCCCUCAAAGGCAUCGCGCGUUUACUCGCUGUCGAUGCAGAGAAGUUGCAGGAAUUGAUUGAUGAUGAAGGACUGGAGGUCAUUAUGUCGUCCUUGGAUAGUCGACUCCCUCUUGAGUGGAGGAGUCAGGCGACCCUGGCAACAGUCAAAUAUCUGGAAGUCUCGAAGCAAGUCGGUGAAGAUAGAUUCUCUAGGCUUGUUUCUGCUAAAAUCACCAAAGCUCGCAGCGACGACUUGAUCGAGGCGUUUUCGGCCACAGCUGCCGUCUUCCCCGUGAUCCCGGAAGUUGCGGCUAGUCUCUUCCUAUCGGAGAGCUUCAUGGCCGCUCUGGCUCCCCUGGCCUCCAGAGAUGCAAAGAGCCGAAAGGUGGAACCCCAUUUUCUGGAACUGUUGAACGCCGCCUGCAUGAACAAAGCGUGCCGGGAGGCCAUCUCGAAGCACCUCUCAACUUGGCUUUCCCAUCUCCUUACAAAUGGCAGUGACGAGAGCUCCGAGCUGGCGGCCGUCAUAUUGGCUAAGGUCCGCACUGCUGCACAAGCCGGGCCCUCGGAAGCUAAUGGCAAAAGUGAUGAGGAAAGCACCCGGGUCACCGAGCUGGUCGAUCGCUUCAAGGAUUUAAUGUCGAAGCGUAAGACUGAGAAUUUGUCGAACGUGAUCGAGGGUUUGGCCUACGCGUCCGUCAAGCCCGCCGUCAAGGAGCAACUCGCCAGGGACCCGGCAUUCCUUCAAGAUCUACUGAAGAUUCUGCGGGAAAACUGCGCUGAUUCGUCAGUGCUUUAUGGCGGCCUCAUGAUCGUCGUAAAUCUGACUCAGUUUCUUCCCAGUUUGACGGAAGAACAGAAGAAAAUGUCCCAACUAAAAUCUUAUGCCGACGCCUCCCCUAAUGGGGCCCGGGCUGGCCCUGACCCUCUUGAUGACGAGCAACAUGUCAUCGCUCGUUGCAACGCGCUCAUUAAAGCAGGCAUCAUGCCCCUUUUGGUUGAUUGUGGCAAGACGAAUUUGCCCUCGGUGCAGGGACUCAUGGGCAAAAUUGUCCUUGCUCUGUCCCGGGACCGGAAAUCCCGGGGAACUUUGGCGCAGCAAGGUGCUAUCAAGUUCUUACUCGGUAUGGCAACCGCAAAGCAGGGGUCUUCAAACGAGGCCGUACAGAAUGCGUCGCAUGCACUUGCGCGAAUCCUGAUUUCUGUCAACCCAGUACACGUGUUUCCGUCCUCUGGGUUCCCCCAGAUCACUUCCGCAAUCAGGCCUUUGACCGUGCUUCUGGCAACCCCCGAGACCAGUACUCUGACGGCAGAACAGCCGCGGGAUCUGUUGCCUGUCUUUGAGAGCCUCCUUGCUCUGACGAACCUGGCCUCCCACCCGGAUGAGGCUGCGCCUGAGGCCAUUGUUCGUCAGUCCUGGUCCGUGGUCGAGGAUCUCCUUCUCUCCAAUAGCCCCUUGGUCCAGCGGGCCGCCUGCGAGCUGGUUUGUAACUUGAUGACCUGCGAGUCCGGAAUCGUCAAAUUUGCCGAUGGCUCCAAGCGAGCGGCUCAGCGCCUACACGUGCUACUGGCUCUCACCGAUACAGAUGAUAUGGCCACCCGAAGUGCCGCCGGCGGAGCUCUUGCGAUGCUGACCGAGUUUGAAGCAGCCAUCGCAGGGAUCCUUGAACGACCUCGCGGGGUCCAGUUGCUGCUGGCCAUGUGCGAAGAAGAGGAUGAGGGUUUGGUGCAUCGCGGUGUGGCCUGUGUGCGGAAUAUGACCUGCCUUGCAACUGGGGACAUUGGCCGGCGGGCCAAAGAGGCUGUCAAGGCCAGUGGGGGUGUUGACAUACUGACUAAUGUGCUGAAGAAGACGAAGAACACGGCGGUGCUUCAAGUUGGAGUGGAAGCGUUGAAGCCAUUGGUUGGAUAG